GUUUUGGGAGACCAGGGGCUUAUGCCUGGGCUGGGCUGUCUGCUGGAACUGCUCUUACGCCUUUCCAUUUAUCACCCAUCCCACCUCUUGGAAUCUAUUCGUCCCAAAAAAUCCUCUCCGAACCCAAUAUCUUCCAAGAGACGAAGGAACCAAACGCGGGCUCAUCAGCUAUAGCACUCGAUUGCUUGUCUGCUGUCGGCGGUCAGGUGCUAUCAGCUUCUUAAUAUGGACGCGGUCGCUGCAAAAACUGCCCGGGAAUCUCUUGACCUAGCAUUUCAGAUGUCCAACAUUCUUGACACAGGGCUUGAUCGUCACACCCUCUCCAUCCUCAUUGCGCUAUGUGAUUUGGGUCUCAACCCUGAGGCUUUGGCUGCUGUUGUCAAGGAACUCCGAACAGAACUGGUUCCCCUUCCGCCAUCAGAUGCUGCUCAUGCUAUACCUUAAACUGGACCUAUCCAAGUUGGUUUUACUUCAGUCAUUGAAGCGGAAGCAAUGCGUCUGAAGAAUGGACUUAUUUGGGCUAAAAAGUCAAGAUUAUCUUGCUUAUGCGUUAAAGGGCAUUCUCAAAGUGUAAUCAAUUUGUUAAAGGGCGAUCAACGUUCUCCGCGACGCUUGUUUUCGCAUGUUAUGGAUUGACAGACUUUCAAGUCAUUCAAACUCGUCAUGUGUUUCGUAAUGCAAAUUGGCUAAUUUGAGUCAUCAGCUUGAUAAUCUUUGUAUCUCGUUUGGUAAUCUUCCAAAUAGUGAGGCAAUAAAAUUGUUGUAUAAUAUAUUAGGGGAUCCACAGACGGUCCUCUCUCUAAUUUCACUUAAGUCUUUAAAAAGGGAAAAAAGAAAAGAAUGGAAGUCACUGAAUAGGAUUGUGAAAGUAUUCAUGCA